AUGAUAAACGCAGUGCUAGUGUUCAACAAUACGGGCCAGCCUCGUCUGACCAAAUUCUACACGCAGCUGGAUACGCAAACCCAGCAAUCUCUCAUUGCUCAAAUAUAUCGGCUUGUGGCGCAGCGUCCUGCUAGUGCCUGUAAUUUCCUUCCGCUUCCUCCUCUUCUUUCACAGGGCGCCAGUUCCAGCGCCAGCGGCCCAUCUGAUGCUCCAACCCAAAUUACGUACCGCACCUACGCUACUCUAUCUUUCAUAAUGAUCUCCACAUCGAUGGAGUCGCCAUUGGCUCUUAUCGAUUUGAUCCAAGUUUUUGUGGAGGCGCUAGACCGUUUGUUCGAGAACGUCUGCGAACUGGAUCUUAUCUUUGGAUACGAAUCCAUGCAUGCAGUGCUGAGCGAGAUGAUCGUCGGCGGAGUCGUGGUGGAGACGAAUAUCGACAAGAUUGUCGCUGGUGUGCGCAGCCAAGAAGGUUCUUCGGGCAAAAGGAAAGCCAUACAAGCUGGCAGUGCUGGCUUAGGAAGAGGAUCCAUCCCAACAUUAGGAGCAUGGCGGUAA